AUGGCCGGUCUCCAACAUCCAUUCCAGUGUCUGCGAUAUGUCAACCGUCAGUCAGCAGGCCAAUCAGAUGUCCUUGUUGCUACUGCUGGUCGUAAUCUCUACACCUAUGAUGUCUCCAGUGGCCAGCGCCUGGAUGUGUGGCCUCAACCCGUAGAUGCAAAUGUGGAGGAUAAAAGCUCUGACCCAGCUCCCGCAUCUGAAGGUGAAGACCAAGGCCCCCCAGAGAAAAGAAGGAAGUUAUCCUCGCCGUCUGAGGACCAAAAGGAUGUGGAGUCAGAGUCCAAACCCGAGUCCAAGACUAAGGAUUCAAAGAAAGAUGCUUCCAACUCGUGGACCAACAUUCCCCUCUUGACUAUCGCCCACGGCAAAUAUGUAGUGAUCUUGACUGCUGAGGACAAGUGUGUUCGAGUCUUCGGCUUGGACAAUGAUGGCAAAUUGGAGCAAUUGAGUGCUCGCACAAUGCCCAAGAAGCUCUGUGCGCUUACUCUAACACCCGAUGAGGACAACAUCUUGUGUGGUGACAAGUUUGGAGAUGUGUACACUUUCCCUGUGAUUCCCAGUGGAACCUAUGUGAAGGUUCAACCCCAAGCAAAAGCUUAUGAGCCAUCUGCCACAAAUCUCACUGUGCACACGAGACGUAACCUUGAAUCGCUGGAGCAACAAAUGCGACAGGCUGCACUCUCGAAGACCAACCAAGAAGAACGGGUUGUGCUGAACUUCGAGCAUCAACUCAUUAUCGGUCACGUUUCGUUGAUGACAGAUUUGGUUUCUGUUGCCCGGCCUGCGGACUCUACUGUUGGCAAGAGAAACUACAUCCUUACUGCGGAUCGUGACGAACACAUUCGUGUAUCUCGCGGUAUCCCCCAAGCGCAUGUAAUCGAGCAAUUCUGCUUUGGCCACACUUCAUUUGUCGGUAGCCUUUGCAUCCCUUCGUGGGAACCCAAGGUCCUCGUCUCAGGUGGCGGCGACAACUAUCUGCUUGUGUGGGACUGGCUCAAGAACGAGAUACUGCAAAAGGUGUCCCUGCCCGAGUCGGAAGGAGAGCCCACCGUGUGCGGCAUUUGGGAUGUUUCCAUUGAGCCUACCACAGACAAUGCGGAACUCGUCAAGGCUAUUCUCGUUGCACUUGAAGGGUCUUCAAAACUUCUUUGCUACACUUUUGAAAACAACAACACGAUAACUAUCCAAGAAACCCUCCAAUUGUCAGGAAAUGUCCUCGACUUGGUUCGCAACGAUUCAAGGGGAUCCAUCGUUGUGUCUGUGGAUACUUUGCGUGAAUCCGACUCGACAACUGCUUGGAGAUCGACCUCCAAUGCCGCUCUUGAGAGUUUCCGGUUCACUUCUGGAAAGUGGACCCCUAUAGAGGAGGACCCCAUGGUUCUCAAAAUCAACUCGGAGGGUACUUCAAGUGUCCCUGCAACAUUGGAGCAGAAACAGCAGAAAGAGCUCAAUGAUUACAUUUACAAUGUGGCCGUUCUGCGCAAAAGAGCAGGGGAUGACGAAUGA